AUGGUUGUCUCACUGGCAGCAAAUGUGAGUCCCAAUGGUGAAAAUGCCAUCGAGCAGCUGAAGCCAUGGCCAUUCAGCUGGUGGCUCAAGUCUCCACUGGAUCUUAGAGAAAUUUUGGGACAGAAAGACAACAACGGAGCCCGCCUGGGGAUAUGGACCAUGGUAAAUAUUGUCUCUACAGUCGCAAUUAUAUUCACCAACAAGUCUAUUUUCGUCAACGAGUCAUUCGGCAACUGCCAGAUCGCCUUUGCAUCUUACCACUUUUUCGUAACAGGGUUCACCCUCUGGAUGGCAUCACGUCCUUGGUGCGGGGUCUUCACUGCGAAGCGAGUGCCAGUCCACCAGACUCUGCACUUGGCUGUACUCAUGUGUCUCCAGGUGAUACUGCAGAAUCUCUCGCUAGCGUAUUCAUCGGUCAUCUUCCACCAACUCGUGCGACUACUUCUGACACCGCUUACCGCGCUCUUGAAUUAUCUUCUGUAUCGUGCAAGGAUUCCCACGGCCUCCAUCAUACCUCUGAUAGUGCUGUGUGGCGGUGUCGGGACCAUGUCAUACUAUGACGCACUACCCAGGACAGACGGCAAAGUCACAGCAUCUUCAAAGGGCGCGGUUUUUGCCUUCACCGGCGUCGUUGCCAGUGCGUUAUAUACAGCAUUCGUCGGACGCUAUCACCGGAAAUUCGAAAUCGGCAGUGUUCAACUCCUAUUGAACCAGGCUCCACUGAGCGCGGCUAUACUUCUGUGCAUUGUUCCUUUUGCAGAGACAUUGCCAGCAACUGCCGGCCUCUCGACAUCAUUAUACGUCUCUAUCAUGGCAGUAAUACUUCCUUCCCCAGACCCCUCCUAUUGCACUGUCUUGCUACAGCGCUAA